AUGGUACACGCGAGUCCACGACGCUACGACUCUUCUCACACCAGACAAACGAACAGACCUGGCAUCAAACCUGAAGAUAUCGGGCCAGCCUUUACGCUGGUCUUUGCAGUCAAGAAUGUCGGCUUUCGAACGGCCGAAUUCGAAGCUGUGACGGAGCUUCUCAAAAUUCCUUACGCGUUCGUCAGGGGCCCAAACGCACUCGUCGACGCAGUCCGACCAGGUCCGGCGCAGCAUACAGCCGCAACAGACGACGAACCUGGUUUCAAUGGCGCCAGCACGCGCUGGAUAGAGUCAGUGGAGAGCAUGAGAGCUCUGCAGUUGGUCCACUUGCCCUCCAACGAAGCAGUGUAUGCUAUUUCGGCGAGAUUGUCCUCGCUCCGAGCUGCUUUCCGCCAUUGGUACUGCGCCCUCGAUGCCGGGGUCGCCUUUGAGAGGCUAGCGGAUCAAUCGGUAUCGGUCCACUACGCAACACAUCGUCAGAUUGGCAGCUCGUGGAAGGUCUCACUAAAUGCCAUCAAUCGCCACAUCCACCAGAGCGAGAUGCAAAGCACUGUGCAGCGUAUCGGUCAGGUGAUGGACCUGUCAGGUCCCAUCUCUCUGAAGACACCCGUGCUGGACCUCUGCUGGUUUGAGGAGUACGAGAGUCCCGAUGUUGGGCCCGCAGGUAGGACUACUUGUGGGCCUCUCAGGGCUAUUCACGUGGGAGACAGAGUACCCCUGGUGGAGCCCACAGGAAGGGAGCUGAUUGAGAAAAUGAGUCUUAAGACACGGGGCUACAUCGGCAACACCAGCAUGGAGACGGAGAUGGCAAUCAUUCAAGCCAACAUGGCCCAGGUACGUAGGUGUCCCUUGAUGCAAGCUUUUACAGAUGCGCAAGACUGACUAUGCGCAUGUCUUUCGCACCAUCUCAGGCCGGGCCAAGCAAACUUGUCUACGACCCAUUCGUGGGGACUGGAUCGCUCCUCUAUCCCUGUGCUCAAUUCGGUGCUAUGAUAUGCGGCAGCGAUAUCGAUGGGCGGAUGAUCAGGGGCAAGGAGGGUCCAACGAUGCAGGAAGGCGGCGCUUUUGGUGGACGAGGAGCAAACGCGCGAACAGGCAUAGAUGCCGCUGCCCAGCAGUACGGUCUGGCUCAAAAUCUUGUUGGCCUCUGGACCGCAGACAUCACAAACAGCCCACUCAGGAAAGGCAUCGGGACUGGAAUUUUCGAUGCGAUCGUCACAGACCCGCCGUAUGGAGUGCGAGCGGGUGCUAAGAAGCUAGGCAGAAGGGAUGUGUCAAGACAAGCAAAGGGACCCAUCCUGAUGCCUGACGGCAAGGGAUACACGCACGAGCAGGUCUCGUAUGUACCACCAUCCAAGCCGUAUCACCUCGACGAGCUGAUAGAGGAUCUAAUUGAGACAUCUUCCAAGCUGCUUAUCGAAGGAGGCAGACUGGUAUUUUGGCUGCCCACCAUAUUCUCGGAAGACGGCAAGAAUGACCAGUCUGUAUCUUUGCCAGCCCAUCCGGCAUUUCGACUGGUGGCUCACAGCAUGCAAGACUUUGGAAGAUGGGGCAGAAGACUUGUGACGAUGGAGCUCCUGCCGAUAGCUCAGCGCUUGGGCAACGCUGCCGGCUCUUUUGAUGGCAGGCUUGAAUUCCCAGAGCCGCCUAGAGCGCAUAAGAAGGCAGGUAAGAGAGAAGAGGCUCUGAACUCAACUGGAGGUCGUAUACGCGCAGACGCGGACGCAAAGGAAUUCCGUAAUCGAUACUAUCGUUCUCGAGAUGUGCCCUCUGAAUCGCAGGGCGCAUCUCCUUCAAGCAGGGGCAGGCCGAAAGCCGCGCCUGCCAGUACACACAAUGGCAAGAAUCGAGACGAAAGUACCAAGUGCGCUGCAAGUGGGAAAAUUGUCGCGGUGAUCGGCUCAACGGGUACCGGUAAAUCUCAGCUUGCAGUAGAACUAGCGCGGGAAGUUGCCCUCCGCGCCGAAGUCGAGCAAGAAGGCCGUGCAGCGGGAGCCGAAGUCAUCUCUUCAGACAGCAUGCAAAUGUACUGCGGCCUGGAUGUCAUAACGAAUAAGGCCACGUUGGACGAAAUGGCAGGGGUCAAGCAUCAUCUCAUGAAUUUCCUCAAACCCGGCCAACAAUACACGAUCGGCGAAUUUGUUAAGGAGGCGAAUGCAAUUGUGAGUGAGCAGACCAGCAAUAUAUAUCACAUCUCUAGCUUAGCUUCAAGUAUACCCAUUGUAGAUACAAGAUCUCAGCGAACGAAACAAGAUUGCGAUCGUGGCAGGUGGCACGACAUACUAUGUGCAGCACCUGCUUUUCCCGGGUCGUCUCGUGUCCCUUCAAAGAGAAAGCGACGAUUGGCGAGCAGCGGAGGAUGAAAGACCACUUGCAUUAUCGCACACUGCCCAAACUGACCUCGACGAGAUCCUUGCAAAGCUGGACGAGGGCCAACGACGAGUCUGGGAUGCCUUGGCAGCAGUCAAACCUGGUGGUCGCUUGCCACCUUACCCUCGCGUAGCGUUCUGGCAGUUGUUGGAUGCCUUGGAUCCAGACAUGGCGCGAAGAUGGCACUGGAACGAUCAUCGCAAAGUAUCGAGGUCUCUACGAGUGUUGAUGGAAACGGGCAAGCGGCACAGCGAUUGGAUCCGUGAUCAAGAGAAUAUGGACAGGUCUUCUGUAGUCACCUCGCUGGCUGCCGCCGAGCCAAGCUCAGUUAAUCGACCGGAACAAUGCUCAGAGCCGAGUGCAGCAGCAAAAAGCCGCAAGCUCAUACUUUGGGUAUGGAGUGAACCCGAAGAGCUCAGGGAGCGUCUUGCAAAACGCGUAGACAAGAUGGUCGAGGUGAGUUGGAAUGACUUGACACUAGCGAGCGCACCAUGUGCUGAGCCUUCCGACGCCUUUCGUCAGGGUGGCCUUCUCGAUGAGAUACAGAGCCUGAGACGCAUAGCCGCUGUGCAAUCGGCACAAGCCGGGGCAACAGAAAUGGAUACCGACUACACUUGCGGUAUAUACCAAGCCAUUGGUGAGUAUAGAUGGCACGCACUGUAUUCGCAUGCUAAACUUAGGCGUCUCUCGGCACACGCGACAACAGGCUACAAAGAAUUUGCCGACUAUCUAUCGCACUGCGAGAGUGUGUCGUCGAAGGACAAAGAAGCCGAACGCCUUUUUGCCCACGCUAUCGAGAGGAUGCAGAUAGGUACUCGACAGUACGCCAAGAGUCAGACGGCCUGGAUACGCAACAAGCUGGCUCCCGAGCUACAGAAAGCUAGGAUUGCUCAUCGAAAGCUACAGCAAGCAAAGGGAAGCGAUGAGCCGUGCGACGUGGAGCUCUAUCUGCUCGACGCUUCGGGUGAGUCGCAGUCAUGGCUAGCCACAUAAGACUUGGAAUCCUGAUCUCGUUUCGCCGUUGCUCAGACUUGUCUCGAUGGAAGGAGAGUGUGCGAGAUCCGGCUAUAGAGCUUGUCAAUGGUGAGUGGUGCUGCUUGCCCUACCUUGGCUUGUGGGUCGAUCAACUCAUUCUCGCCAGCGCAAUUCACAGCAUUUCUUCUAGACGAGAAGCUGCCAGAACCGAGGAGUCUCAGUAGUGCGGCAGCGACGCAACUGCCACCACUAGAAAUCUCGCCCUCUGGACCUUCGGCCGCCUCAGCUCGUGUCCACCAAAAUCCCAUGGACCGCAACGAGCUUCGGGAGUGUUCGGUGUGUACCGUCGAUUUGUCCGCACCCCGCAGAUUUAGGGUGGAAGAGUGGACGAAACAUUUGGGAUCUAA